AUGGGUAACAACUUUAGUCUCUUCAUCCUGGCUCUGUGCAUUCUGCAUCUCACCCGUGGCAUACUUGGAGUUAGACCCCAUGCUGGAAAUCAGGAGGAGCUUGGUGUCUCUGGUGGCAACUUAAAGCCAAUCAACCUGAAGAUGGAUGGUUUGGAUCCACCUCCUGCAAAUGUGUCAACGUUCCCUAAUUAUGGCGUCAGAACUUCCUAUGAUGCUGCAUAUAAAACCCAUGUGGCACGGGAUUACUAUGGGAUUGAAGCUACAAUCGACGUAUAUGGUCUCUCUUUGCGUCAAGAUCAACACAGUGGAGCUGCCUUGAUUAUUAAGAAUUCGAAAUCGUUCCAUCGUAACAUGAUUGUUGUUGGAUGGCAUGCUUAUCCAUGGCAGUAUGGUGGUAAUACAGACACUCGCUUUUUCACUUACUGGACGAGCGAUAACCAAGGAUGGACGGGCUGCUACGAUUUAACCUGUCCAGCAGGUUAUGUUCCUGAGAAAGGUGCCAUAGUGCCAGGAACUAAACUGAGCCCCGUUUCGAACCCCAAUGGAGCCAAGCAAACCAUCAACCUAAAAGUUUUCAAGGACAAAGCAACGGGAGACUGGCUUGUGCACUGUGGGUUCGGGUCGAAGCCAAAGUUAAUCGGUCGUUUCCCGAAGACCUUGUUCACCACCUUGGCCGACAAGGCAGAUGAGAUACAAGCCCGAGGUUUUGUGCUGACUCAAGCUAGUCCUUUGGCCCCGAUGGGGAGCGGUUUCCGUCCCAGCAACGUGAAAGCUGCAUCAUUCAGCAAUAUCAUGUUUCUGGAUCAAGAUGGCAAGAGGUUCCGAGCCCCGCAAGAUUUCACGCCCUACAUGACGAACGACAAGGUGUACACCGUGUCCCUGAUCAGCCCCAACGGCAGGUUCACAUAUGGCGGGCCGUCUAAAUGA